GUGUGGGAGUUGUCCUCAGGUGAGCUGCUACUGUCCGUCCUGUUUGAUGUGGAGGUCAUGUCUGUGACCUUUGACCCCUGCGAGUACUUCCUGUUCUGUGGAGGAAGUGAUGGAAACAUUUUCCAGGUGUCUCUGUGCAGCCAGAGUCUCAGUCGGGAAAAAUCCUUCCAGUCCGACAACGACGGGAACCAGGUGUUCAAAGGACACAGGAACUUGGUGACUUGUCUCUCGGUGUCGAUGGACGGGACUCUGCUCCUCUCGGGGUCACAUGACGAGACAGUUCGACUUUGGGACAUUCAGAGCAAACAGAGCACCCGCUGCCUUUCCCACAAAGGUCCGGUGACGAACGCCUUCAUCAUGGCGGCUCCAGCCAACAUGUUCCUGCCUGACAGUCGGCCCGCCGUCCCUCUGCCGCGCUUCAGCCGACACCUGCACGUCUCCGAGGGCGGCGAGUCCGGAGAGGUGUGUGUCCGCCUGGGACGCUACGCACAGGAGGAGGAGGAGUCUUACCUGCUGAAAGCUGAUAGGCUGAACGCUCUGAUGAACGCAGUGACAGACAAGCUAUCCCCCACUGCCCCCCUCUGUCCUCCACUGUCACCCUCUGUCCCCCUCUGUCCCCUACUGUCCUCACCUGUCACCAACAUGUCCCCCAUUGUCCUCCACUGUCCACUGACGUCCACGGGACUCAGUAGAUGAGUUAAUGUGACUCAGCAGAUUGUGGGGUGAGUCAGCAGAUUCUCAGCUGCUCAGAGAAUUUAAACACAAACUAAAUGUCAAAGACUUAAAUCCAAAAUGUCUCUGAGAGCCUGAAGAGACGAGACUAAGAGACGC